UACUCCAUCCUGGGCGACAGAGCAAGACUUUAUCUCAGGGAAAAAAAAAAGAAGACAAGUUGUAUAGCUGCUAUUUUCUGACAAAAUGAAGCAUCUGAUUUAUCAAAGGGAGACACUUUUUUUUGUCACAAAAAUCCAAGAGUAAUUUUCAAAGGCUUUUCACUGAAAGGCCAUUAAUGUAAUGAGCAGUGUGUUACUGGGUUUUCAGAUUUUUCUUGGGACUCCUUCUGAUCCUGAACAAGCAUGGAGAGCACAGCAGAUAUCAUAGGGUGUCCAAGGAACUACAUGACCCCACCUGGCUUUAACAUUGCACAGUGGACUGACUUGACCUCUGGCUGCCUUUGUGCACUGUGCCAUUGGCAUUGAUCUCUGUGAAUGAGAGACUGAGCUGCUUGGCUCAUUUAGCUAGUCCAGAUUGCUGGGUGUAGCAGGUGUGCCCCACAUUCGCAGGCUGUGGGAAGGGAGAACUGACUUUGACCCAAACAUUAUCAUGGCACACUUCAUCUCUUAGUUUCCUUGGGGGUUAAUGAAUCCACAGCAUAGCACCUGCUGAGCGGUUGUAGGCUCAGAGAAGGCAAGUGAAGCCUUAUGCUGUUAGCAAGAGACGUAUCAGAGGUAGGACGAUGCCUCAAUCAGCAUUCUCAGCUGCAGACCAGAGAAAUGAAUUGUGGCUAUGUAAACAGAAAAGGUUGAUGGGCAUGGCUGAUACGCAGCCCAAUCACACCAUUAGUCUGCGCUGGUGGUGACAGUUCUGUUGCCACCUCCACCAUUGGACACCAUGCCAGUCCUGCUAAUGUCAAAACUGCAUACUGCUGCCAUCCAACACCAAGAUGUGUGCUUUCCAUUUGCUGUGAGGCCUUGAGCCAGGGCCGGGGCUGCCAGGGUAGCUGGGGUGGAGGGAAGACUUAGCACCUAAAAAAGGAGUGCUUGGUGUCCUGCUUGGUGGGAAGCUGGGAAUGGCAUCCACCAAUACUCACAAGGGACAAGAGCUGGGAGACAGGGAAGAGUGUGAAUGAUGGGAGGCCAGAAAAAACAGUCGAACUUUGGGAGUUGAGGCAGGCUUAUAAAAAAGGGGCAUUUUGCGCCUUUUGGUGAGAUUUCCUCAGAGCUGGGGCACUGCAGCCUAAGGGUGUAGGCGGAAGUUAGUCUGGGCCAAGCGGUGGGAUCUGGGGGCAAGGGGGCCAUUGUGCUGCCCCUGCUGUCAGUCCCGGCUCCCAUUCUCCCUGCUUAGUCUGACACCCACAAGCCCAACUUUCUUAAGCAACCUUAGAAUCUCCUUGCAUCCACUUCCGUCCUCCAAUGUCCUGGGGCUUGCCCCGCCUCCCGAUAUGCCCCGGGCUGCCAUGCAGAAUGCCCCCUCGCAGUGCAUGGUUGGGUAGCCAGCUGGCCACCUUCAGGCCAUGGCAGAUGAAGGUGCUCUGUGUAGCUUCGUAUAUUUGGAGGGCACUGCCCUGGCGGUCCCUGAGGACACCGAGCUCUCGGCAUCCUGCACAUUGGGACAUGGCAACCACAGAGAGAGCAGCCCUUUUCUUUCUCCCUUGGAGGCUUCCAGAGGAAGUGACUACUAUGACAGGAACCUGGCACUGUUUGAGGAAGAACUGGACAUCCGCCCAAAGGUAUCAUCUCUUCUGGGCAAGCUUGUCAGCUACACCAACCUCACCCAAGGCGCCAAGGAGCAUGAGGAGGCUGAGAGUGGGGAGGGCACCCGCCGGAGGGCAGCCGAGGCGCCCAGCAUGGGCACCCUCAUGGGGGUGUACCUGCCCUGCCUGCAGAAUAUCUUCGGGGUUAUCCUCUUCCUACGGCUGACCUGGAUGGUGGGCACGGCCGGUGUGCUGCAGGCCCUCCUCAUCGUGCUCAUCUGCUGCUGCUGUACCCUGCUGACGGCCAUCUCCAUGAGCGCCAUCGCCACCAAUGGUGUGGUUCCAGCUGGGGGCUCCUAUUUCAUGAUCUCCCGCUCACUGGGGCCAGAAUUUGGAGGUGCUGUGGGCCUGUGCUUCUACCUGGGAACGACAUUCGCAGCAGCCAUGUACAUCCUGGGGGCCAUCGAGAUCCUGCUGACCUACAUUGCCCCACCAGCUGCCAUUUUUUACCCAACGGGUGCUCAUGACACGUCGAGUGCCACUUUGAACAAUAUGCGUGUGUAUGGGACCAUUUUCCUGAUCUUCAUGACCCUGGUGGUGUUUGUGGGGGUCAAGUAUGUGAACAAAUUUGCCUCGCUCUUCCUGGCCUGUGUGAUCAUCUCCAUCCUCUCCAUCUAUGCUGGGGGCAUCAAGUCUAUUUUUGACCCUCCCGUGUUUCCGGUAUGCAUGCUGGGCAACAGGACCCUGUCCCGGGACCAGUUUGAUGUCUGUGCCAAGACAGCUGUGGUGGACAACGAGACAGUGGCCACCCAGCUAUGGAGUUUCUUCUGUCAUAGCCCCAACCUUACCACCGACUCCUGUGACCCCUACUUCCUGGUUAACAAUGUGACCGAGAUCCCUGGCAUCCCCGGGGCAGCUGCUGGUGUGCUCCAAGAAAACCUGUGGAGCGCCUACCUGGAAAAGGGUGACAUCGUGGAGAAGCAUGGGCUGCCCUCUGCAGAUGCCCCGAGCCUGAAGGAGAGCUUGCCUCUGUAUGUGGUGGCUGACAUCGCCACAUCCUUCACCGUGCUGGUCGGCAUCUUCUUCCCUUCUGUAACAGGCAUCAUGGCUGGCUCAAACCGCUCUGGGGACCUCCGUGAUGCCCAGAAGUCCAUCCCAGUAGGGACCAUUCUGGCCAUCAUUACAACUUCCCUCGUGUACUUCAGCAGUGUGGUUCUCUUUGGCGCCUGCAUCGAGGGUGUGGUUCUCCGGGACAAGUACGGGGAUGGUGUCAGCAGGAACUUGGUGGUGGGCACACUGUCCUGGCCUUCACCCUGGGUCAUCGUCAUCGGCUCCUUCUUUUCAACCUGUGGCGCUGGCCUCCAGAGCCUCACGGGGGCACCACGCCUGUUGCAGGCCAUUGCCAAGGACAACAUCAUCCCCUUCCUCCGGGUGUUUGGCCACGGGAAGGUGAAUGGUGAACCCACAUGGGCACUCCUCCUGACAGCACUCAUCGCCGAGCUGGGCAUCCUCAUCGCCUCCCUUGACAUGGUGGCCCCCAUCCUAUCCAUGUUCUUUCUGAUGUGCUACCUGUUCGUGAACCUGGCCUGUGCGGUGCAGACCCUGUUGAGGACCCCCAACUGGCGGCCCCGGUUCAAGUACUAUCACUGGGCGCUGUCCUUCCUGGGCAUGAGCCUCUGCCUGGCCCUUAUGUUCGUCUCCUCCUGGUACUAUGCCCUGGUGGCCAUGCUCAUCGCCGGCAUGAUCUACAAGUACAUCGAGUACCAAGGGGCUGAGAAGGAGUGGGGCGACGGGAUCCGAGGCCUGUCCCUGAGCGCUGCCCGCUAUGCACUGCUGCGGCUUGAAGAGGGGCCUCCUCACACCAAGAACUGGCGGCCGCAGCUGCUGGUACUGCUGAAGCUCGACGAGGACCUGCAUGUGAAGUAUCCACGGCUCCUCACCUUUGCCUCCCAGCUCAAGGCCGGCAAGGGCCUGACCAUUGUUGGCUCUGUUAUCCAGGGCAGCUUCUUGGAGAGCUAUGGCGAGGCCCAGGCCGCUGAGCAGACAAUCAAGAACAUGAUGGAGAUUGAGAAGGUGAAGGGUUUCUGCCAGGUGGUGGUGGCCAGCAAGGUACGGGAGGGGCUGGCCCACCUCAUCCAGUCCUGUGGGCUAGGCGGCAUGCGGCAUAACUCCGUCGUGCUGGGCUGGCCCUACGGCUGGCGACAGAGCGAGGACCCCCGUGCCUGGAAGACCUUCAUUGACACCGUGCGCUGUACCACAGCUGCCCACCUGGCCCUGCUCGUGCCCAAGAACAUUGCUUUCUACCCCAGCAACCAUGAGCGCUACAUGGAGGGUCACAUAGACGUGUGGUGGAUCGUGCAUGAUGGUGGCAUGCUCAUGCUUCUGCCUUUCCUGCUGCGCCAGCAUAAGGUCUGGAGGAAGUGCCGGAUGCGCAUCUUCACAGUGGCCCAGAUGGACGACAACAGCAUCCAGAUGAAGAAGGACCUGGCUGUCUUCCUGUACCAUCUGCGUCUUGAGGCCGAGGUGGAGGUGGUAGAGAUGCAUAACAGUGACAUCUCUGCAUAUACCUACGAGCGGACGCUGAUGAUGGAGCAGCGGUCACAGAUGCUGCGACAGAUGAGACUGACGAAGACUGAGCGAGAACGAGAAGCCCAGCUGGUCAAGGACCGGCACUCGGCCCUGCGGCUGGAGGGCCUGUACUCGGACGAGGAAGAUGAGUCUGCAGUGGGGGCUGAUAAGAUCCAGAUGACAUGGACCAGGGACAAGUACAUGACUGAGCCCUGGGACCCCAGCCACACCCCUGACAAUUUCCGGGAGCUGGUGCAUAUUAAGCCGGACCAAUCCAACGUACGGCGUAUGCACACCGCUGUGAAGCUCAAUGAAGUCAUUGUCACGCGCUCCCACGAUGCCCGCCUGGUUCUGCUAAACAUGCCUGGCCCACCCAAGAACAGUGAAGGUGACGAAAACUACAUGGAGUUCCUCGAGGUGCUGACUGAGGGCCUUGAGCGAGUGCUGUUGGUGCGCGGUGGUGGCCGUGAAGUCAUCACCAUCUACUCCUGAGCCCAGUGUCAUCUCGUGGCCCGGAGUGGAGGUCGCGGCUGGGAUAUCACAAGCUGUGGUCUGGGGUAACAGCCUCCUCCCAGCACCCACCUGCCAGCUCUGCUUGCCUGGCCCUGUCCUGGACCCAGCUUUGUUAGGUCUCCUUGGAAACGAGGUCUGGGCCUCUGGAGAUGGAUCCGAGGUCCUGUGGGACUCUGGGAGGUUUGGGGACUUUACCAUCUAGCACCCCAGUAGGCCUGUCCUGGCCAGAGAAGACUGGUGGGGGCCGAGUGGGGUUUGAAGGUAGCUGGCCCAGCCCAGCCCAGCCCAGGAGCGCUAUUUAUUGCAUAUUUAUUGUUUGGACGUCACCAUCAGAGACGAAGGGAAGGGUAGCCAGGGAGGGGGUCCAGCCUAGCCGCCUGCAGGAAGAUCUGGCUCAGUCUACUACUGGCAGGGCCCCCCACCAAGCUGAGCCGAAUGGAAACAGCGAGCUGAGGCCUGACUUUUUCAAUAAAACAUUGUGUAUUCUGGG